AAUCACUCGAGGGUUACGAUAGGUUGGUGAGACGCGGUAUUUUUAGUCCUUUAUGUAGAAUGCUCUACUGCCAUAAUUUUACUACGUUUCCUUUAGACUUCCGGUUCUGCAAUAUUGCGAAUCUUACGAUCAUAAUGGCUCACAUCGACCCUGAGCAACUUGACAAGCCAAUAAUCGAUUAGCUAUUGCGAAUUUAACUCCAAUAAUCAUCAAAUAUUGUCUUUAAUGAAUGAUAUGGUGUGCUCUGCACUUUAAAAGCAGAACACCACUCCCUCUCAACACCUUUUGAGUUGUCUCGAUUUCGUUUACCCACACAAAAUGGUCAACUUUGCAAAAGCUCUGCUGGGAGCAUGCGCACUUGUAUCCACCACAAGCGCAUUCCCGGCCUUCGACGGUGAAUGGGAGAAAUUUUAUUUCGAAAACUUCGACAAAGCCAUCGAUCCUAUCCUUAAACGCAUUGAUCAAGAAAGUUGGAACAAGAUUGCUGCUAUUGAGAAACGCCAGCAGGCAACAUUCAACGAGGACGCCCAGCGUGUCGAUGUCUCAGGCGAGCAUGAGUACAGACCUCCUACGGAAGGUCAAACCCGCGGUCCCUGCCCUGGACUCAACAUCCUUUCUAACCACGGCUACUUUGACAGAUCCGGCAACACCAACCUGAUCGAAUCGAUCGACGCACUCACAAAUGUCCUUGGUAUGGGCACAGACACGGCUCUGGCACUCGUAGCCUACUCGAUCGCUAUCAUCGGUGACCCAAUAGCACUUACCUGGUCAAUCGGCGCUUCGCCAGGCAAAGAAGUACUUCUACCGGGCGUACUCUCUCCACCAGGAGGUAUUGACCAAUCCCACAAUUCCUACGAGAGCGACGCAUCUAUCACGCGUUCGGAUUCCUACCUCUCAAACGGCGAUGUAUGGUCAUCCAACACCACCCGCUUCGAACAUCUUUACAAUCUUUUGGACGACAAUGAUCCAAAUGCCAACUUCAAUCUCGAUGUCAUCAACAAACAGCGCGCAUGGACACAUGACGAAUCUGUCUACCACAACCCUAACUUUUUUAUGCGCCAUUUGCAGGACUGGUCGUUGCAUCUGCUGCACACAAUUUCGUGCCCGUCUUCUUUUCCAACCAUAGUGCAGAACAUCCAGAAGGCUACCUUGACCACUACAAUCUGAAGACUUUCUUCGGAUACACAGGUAAUAGCAAAGAUGGUUUGGUGUACCACUACGGCCAGGAGCGUAUUCCUGACAAUUGGUACAAGCGUACUGACCCAUACACACUAGUGGAUGUCGUCACUGAUGUAUUGGGUAACAUCGCUUACCAUCCUCAAGCAGGUACAGUCGGCGGAAACCUUGGUGAGGUUAAUACAUUUACCGGUGUUGAUCUUGGUAACUUAACCGGAGGUGUCUUCAAUGCUGCCAACCUUUUAGAAGGUAACAAUCUCUUCUGCUUUGCAUUCGCUGCUGGUAGAGCUGGUUUACCUUCAGUGUUGGGCGGUGCGGCAAGUAUUGUGGGCCAGGCACUUGGAUUCUUGGAUGAAAAGCUUGGACCUAUUCUUGCUGGUCUCUCCUGUCCGGAGCUGGAUCAACUCAACUUGGAUGUCUUUAACCAGUUCCCUGGUUAUGGUUGAAAGAUAGUUCAUUCAGACUGCUACAGGAGGUAGAUCUGAGGGCGGUAAUUGGAAGUGUUGUAUUCAUAUAGUCCCACAGCCCAUACAUCGAGCUUCUUUCCUCAAUUCUCCCAGAUUGCUGUGGUAUAACAAUAGCGAUCGAAGCAGAAUGUGACGAGAACAUCGACAAACAAAAAUAAUGCAGCCAUCUACACAUUUAAUCCAGUAAUAAGGAUUGGUUUCCCACCAAAACUCACCGCUAUGCCAAUGAGCACCAGCAAGCUAAUUUUCCAGUAUCAGAGCGGAUAAGUCCCUCCUAAACCUAACCUAUGAACUUACUUUUGUCACAUUGCUGAUUAUAUGGAGAGUAAGGAUUGUUCCAUUGACAAUUAUCCAU